GCAAACGAGCCACCACUACCGCAUUUCCCCCAACCAAGCCAGCUUCAAUUUUCGAUAGCCACUCGAGGCGAGCAGUUCAGUUUGGAUCGGCGGUGCAGAGUGGUGGUCAGCUUGAGUUCCUGGAUGCGAACAUGUUGUGGCUAAUGGGGCUAGUAGUAGUGGCAGCCAUGCGACUCAAUGGCGAGUGCCAGGUGAGGUGCCUGAGUGCGGUGGCAAAUGUCACGGUGAUCGAAGACAUUAGGAGCGCCUUCAGAGGCGUCACCAACGACACGGAGCUGCUGAAUCACAUAAUACCGGAAAUGUACGGGGCGAGCAUGCGCACUGCGAAUCCCUUGUUUGUCUUUAAAAUGCCCAGCAAAUCGAUCGGCGGUGGCAGCGAUUUCCAGCUGCUGACAAUGCAGCGAUCCGAUUUUGCGGAACCAAUCUUUCCCAAUAUCAGUCUGUCCACCACGGUCACGGCCAUCGAUUCACCCAGCACCAGUGCGCCGGAAACGAGCGUGAAGACCAGUCUCAUGGUGUCGCCGCACCAGGAGUGGCAGCAAAUGGGUCUGGAGGGCUGGACGGGCGAGCUGAGGCCACCAGUUCCCUCGCUGGAGCAGGAUCAUAGGGACACCAAUCCGCCGAUCAGCUGGCAGAACUCGUAUCCCCACGACGAGAUUCGUCUGGAGUUCCAGAACCACCAUUUCGAUGGCCGGGUGACGGACAUACGCGUGAUAACAUCCACGACUGGGAAACCGGCGGAGAUGGGCGACCUGAUGAAUGAUCAGAAUGUGUACAUAGCGCGGGUAAACGAUCCCUUUGGCUACUCGAUGAAGUGGAGCUUCACCAACGACAGCAGCCGGCAAAAGGAGCUCCUGCCAGAGGGAGAGCGCGGAAAGAGGGACGUAGCGCGGCUGUACUCCAUGAUCAAGUGCUCCACGGGCUGUGAUCCGCUGAUCUACAAGGGCUACGGCUGCUACUGCGGCUUCGGUGGCCACGGCGUGCCCGCCGAUGGCAUCGAUCGCUGUUGUCGCGUGCACGACAAGUGCUACGGCCAGAGCAACUGCAUCUCCUAUCUGGAGUACUUUGUGCCCUACGUGUGGAAGUGCUAUCGUGGCAAGCCGCUGUGCGCCGUGGACCAUGGCGAGUUCGGUGGCCCCGACUCGUGUGCCGCCCGUCUCUGCCAAUGCGACCUGCGUCUUUCCAGGUGCUUGAAGAAGUACUACUGCCCACACCGACGCUCCAUUUGCCACUCGUCCAGAUCUCGACGCUUACAGAACCUCAUAUUCUUCGAUUGAUGUUUAUUGUUAGUGCUAGUGUGUAAGUUCCAUGAUGAAGUGUAUAGAUGAAUACAUGUAAAAAGUUAAGUAAACCUA